CAUCGCAAGCUUGGCGGCUUAUCCAUUUUAUUGUGAUACUUCCGGUGUUCGUUUGACAACUUUACUUCCCCUUCAAUUUCUUCCCCUAAUCAGCCAAUGUUUCAGUAGCUGAAAAAAUGUGCUUUUCCUUCGAAAAAGAAUUCCUUCAUGAUGACAAGAUAACGCUACCACCCCAGCCAGCACUUGCUACCUACAGCCAACAUAUACGGUGAAGACACGGUUUCCGCUUGUGUUGCUGUGUGUCAGCCACCAGCAAAGCAUCCUAACCUCACACUGAACAAGCCUUAUGUGUACGCCGAACCAGACCACUGCACACGACCGAUGCGCUUGUUUACUAGACACAAAACGAAGCCAAUCGUAGGAUUCGCUGGCAGAUGGAUCAGCAGUCACCUUGUAUGUUCUGGCAAGGACCGUAGUGUUGAUGGUGUUGGAUGCAAACUGUAGUAGUAGUGGCCGUAGUAGUGGUGGUAGUGGUGCAUGCGUCUGUACGAGAAUCGUCGGAAACAUAUCCAGAGAUCUUUCGUCUUUCGAUGCGGGAUUAGUGCAUCGUUAUGAAGAAUCGCCAGUAACAUAACCUCUCUUUCGGGGCAGAUACGCGGAAACAGAAUUCAUGCCUCCGCCGUAAACGUCCGUGCAUGGGUGUGCUGCUGAGUUCUUUAAAGAUUUUCCCAAACUAAAGCUUCCCGUACACAAGUGACAUCAGUGAGAAUCAAAAACAAAGAGACUGUGAUAUUUGUUGGUUAAAAAAACAGCAAAUCUACUUCCAAAUGCGUUUGUUGUCAGUUUGUGUAUGUGUGUGUGUGUGUAUAGAUUGAAUUGAAUUUCUUCCUAGCAUAUGGGAAGCAACAAGAUGUUUAGGAGACUUCCAUUCCGUUCCGACGCUAACUAGAUUGCAUCCAAUGACGACCAAACCGCACACGAAACGAACGGAAUAACAAUCCAUAACGUUAACGUACGGCUGAACAGUUUCCGUGUCAGUUGAGUUCAUUUUCAGCACGAAAGUCACUGCAAGCAGUUGUGAGGCCAUCGUCAGAAUUUGUUACUGGUGCAUCAUUGUUGUGGUGGGAUUUUUGAGGCAUAAAUAUGUGUGUUACUAAGGCGUGUGAGGUGUAUUGGACAAGCAGGUGGUUGGAGUGGAUGCAAAUGUAAUGAGAAAAAUAAUAACCAACAGCAUUUACCAGCAGAACUUGUAAAAUUGUAAGUGAUUGAUUGUUUGUACGUAACAAUCCAAUGGGUGAAAAUUGAGUGAAGCAAGAAGUUGGUGCAAUAUCGUAUCAAUUGUGCGCACGCCAUCGCUACAACCCUUCCUCACAUGUGAUACCGGGAAAAUGAUCGAUCAGCAGCCGAAGUUAUCAUACUUUCCCAUCGAGUCAAAGUGCAGCGCUGGGCAGCCGGAACCAGAUACGGGCGGUUCGUUGACGAACAACGAACACGCGAACGGUACGAACGGUGUAAACAUCGGUGCGAAUGUUACCGCUGGCAACACGGCUACACCGGGCCCUGGCAUGAUCCCUGGUAGCAAUAGUAGCUGCAGUGCAAAAACACCAAUUACAACGACCGGCACACCCACGCUCCAGCCGUCGGUGCCACGCUCCUCGCAGCAAGCGUACACGACUACCGGUGGCAGUGUGACGGCCGCCACGCUGGCCGAAGGACAGCGGCUUCUCCUCGCCGCUGUAAUGACGGCGGGAAGCGGCAACGGUGAGAUCGGAGCGCAGCAGCAGCACGGCGAUGGUUCCGGUGGUGACGGGCCCGAACACCUGGCCGGGCUGCUGGGUACGUCCCUGUGCGGGCAGUGCUGUGGUCCGAUCUGCGAUCGCUACAUCAUGAAGGUGGUUGACAUUACCUACCACGAACGAUGCCUUCAGUGCACCUCCUGCUCGAUCCGGCUCAUGCAUUCCUGCUUUAUGCGCGACGGCAAGCUGUACUGUCGCUUCGACUAUGAACGACUGUACGGCCGGAACAGAUGCCUCGGAUGUGGUGAGAAGAUUGGUGCCGACGAGCUGGUAAUGCGCGCCCUGGAUAAUGUGUUCCAUCUGAAGUGCUUCAUCUGCGUCGUCUGUGGCGUGCGGCUGCAGAAGGGCGAUCAGUACGUCAUCAAGCAGAGUCAGCUGUUCUGCCGGCCCGACUAUGAAAAGGAGGUGGAAAUGUUCCAGGGCUACAGCUACGAUGAUUACUGCUGUGAUGACAUGUUCCAGACACGCAUCGACGGUCGCCGCGGGCCGAAACGACCCCGGACCAUUCUAACGACGCAACAGCGCCGCGCCUUUAAGGCUUCGUUCGACAUAUCACCCAAACCGUGUCGGAAAAUUCGCGAAGGAUUAGCAAAGGAUACUGGACUGAGCAUAAGGAUAGUACAGGUAUGGUUCCAAAACCAGCGGGCCAAGAUGAAAAAAAUCCAAAAGAAACAGCUCAAGGAGGGUGGCAAAAGCUCACACCAUGGCGGAGGCAACGGCAGCUCGGGCGGCAACAAAAACCACAACGGCAACGGUAAAGGGAACGAUUCCCAGGAAGAGCUGUCAGAUAACGAGAGUGCUGUCGGUGGUAAAUUAUCGCUUCGCAUCAAAGACGAAAACUCGAGGUCAAACAAUUAUCUGCACGAUAGCUGCAGUGACAACGAAGGCACAGUUACCGACAACGAUGGCGGCCCGUACGGUGGCUCGGCAGCCCGCCUUGGUCUUGGCGGCUCGGACCCAUACAAGAUCGUGAAGGAAGAGCUGGAUCUCGAGGACGACUACUUUCGCAUGGCCAUGUCUACACCCAACCACAUUCACCACCAUCAUCACCAUCCCAACCACCAACAACAACAACAACAACACCACCACCCUCACCAUCAUCCGCAAGCACCGGUCAGCAGUGGCCGGUUCGGUGGGAAAUCCUUUGCAAAUGAACACCAUGGAAAUGCAGGUAUAAAGACGGAAAACAUGACACUCGACACGACACCAAUGCUGACCGCGAACGGACCACCGCUAGACUACGGUGUUUCGCUGCAACAGCUAGCCUCGUCGCUAAAUGGGGUAACCGGAAAUGGGGGUCCGGGUGCCGGGUGCCCAACGCCCCACGAUUCCGUCGGUCCCAUGGUGAAUCCCAUCGAUCGGCUUUACUCGAUGCAGAAUUCGUACUUUUGCAACCAGGAAAAUCCCAUCUCCUGCCCAUCAACCCCGACCGGACAUCCUGGUACGCCGCCCGGUGGUAAUCAACAUCGUCCAACGCCCAAUGGUUCGGCCUGCCCACAGCAGCAGCCGAAUCAGUUGCAUCUGCAACACCCGGGAUUGCAGCAAUCGGCAAUGCCACCGCAUCAUUUCCCCGCACCGUCAAACAGUGGCCCCAACAUGGGAGGGAUGGGACAGCACAUGGUCGGAAUGUGCAAUCCUUUGUUAGAUCAGCAUCAGCACCAACAGCUACAACAACAGCAGCAACAUCAGCAACAGCAACAACAGCAGCAGCAGCAGCAAGAGAGCGUCAUGUAAGAAGGAUGAGCUGCAGUGCAGUAUACAGUGGAGGCAGUAAAUGUUGCAGCAAAAGAGCAAAAAUGCAAUCAGACAAAUGAUAAUGUGCAAGGUGGACUCAAAGCGGAAAUUUCUUUCAUUUAAAUAAGUGAAAGUUUAGUUACACAUAACUUGGAAAGCGUUUUGUUGCUUUUUUAUCGUUAUAAUCUAUCCAGGCGUAAUAACCAUUUUGCUUUGCAUAAAAACUACCUUUUUUAUUCACCCCCGUGCUUUAAGCAAACAGCGCAGUAUCCACUGUAAAUAAAUAAACACCAGCAGUACAGUGCUUUACCUAAUCGUAUAAACAGCUCUCCGCGUCAAGUGCACAACAGUAUCAAAUUGUCAUCCGUCAAUUUGCUGAACCAUCCACUGGUGCGUAAAGGGUUGGUAAAGGUGACCACAAGCAAGCAAGCCCAAAGGACAUUGAUUUCGACAUUGACACAUCGUAGUGAAUCAAGCAUAUACUGUCAAUUAUCAUGCGGUUGAAUAACAUCGGUCAUUGAGAGGUGACAUUGGUGAAUGGUGGCACCUUUCAUUGCAACAAAACAGUUUGAGGUUUGAGUGAGGCGAGUGAGAAAACCGAAAAACUAUCAACUCUUUCGUGCACCGUGCACCGUUCGAUGAUGCUAGUGGUGGUAGCUUUUGUACUGAGCUUCAUCAAAUUACACGCUCAUACAGUAAAGUGAAUGUAGCAAAAUUUAAAGAAAACUGCAAUCUGCAAAAAAGAGUUCCGUUCUACGUUCAGUAUGAUUGAUGUGUAAUAAGAAAAUAACAAUCAUGUGGUAACUAUUCAAACUAUCA